GAGGGCGGCUCGCUCUCCGCCUUUACGGCCGCGCUGUGCCCACGUGGAAGGGAGGGUGGGUUUUGCGACAGCGCUGGGAAAGGCAGGGAGGGCGGCGUGGUUUCCGGCAGUGGGGGGGGGGGAAGGGAGUUUCCUGGGAAGCGCGGAUCCCCCCUGGCAGGAGCUGGGUCUCCCGCUCACACCCGCGGGGGGAGGGGCUGCAGCCGGGGUGGGGACCCCUUGCCCUGAAGAAGGGGGGGCACCUGGUACCCCCACCCUGCUGAAGGGAGAUUGCCCCUCCCCCUUCUCAGGAGGCGACUCAGUGCCCGGGGGGGGGGCUCUAGCUCCCCCCACCCACAGGACGGGGGCCAGGACUGGUGAUUAUAGCCCCCCCCCGGUUGUUUUUCUGUACCCAGGGGCAGGGCUGGGCACCAGGGCCCAGUGGAGGGUGGGAGGGUCUUUUCCUUCCCCUGCUGUUGAAGACAUUUCCUGGGGGGUGCCAGGCGGACCUGGGCGAGUCAGGAUGCAGGGUUAGGAUCAGUGUAGCAGAGGGGGUGUGGUCAGGAUUUAAGGGUGGGGGUUACACUGGCCCCCCAACUGUAAGUGGAGAGAGUGGAGCCAGGGGUCAGUAUAGGGAGAGGCGAUUGGGGUCAGGGUGUGGGGUCCAUCAGUGAGGGACAGAGUGUGGGGGGGCUGGUUGUGGUCAGGACUUAGGAUCAGUGUAGGAAGGGCGGCGGGCCGGGCGGGGGUGUCUCUGCAAUCAGCACCAUGGAGCUCAGCUGCCUGCUGAAAUCCCUGCAGUUGGAGAGCCCGCCAGACAGGGGAGACCCCAAAUGCCCAGCUGUCACUGCCCCCCCAGCAGAGCAGGUUCUCUCCCAAAUCUUGUUGCGUUUCUCAGCGGAGGGAGUCAGCGGCAGUGCCAAGGCAGGGAUGGUCCGAGACCUGCGUGCGCUCUUCGAGGCUGCAGACUGCCAGUGGCUGUUUGGGGGCUGCCACCCCAAUGUAACCCCCAAGUUGCUGGGGGACUUGGUGGCUGCGCUGAGCCACUAUGCGGCUCUACCAAAGCAGAAGUCGGACACCGGUGGCCCACCCAGCAAUGAUGGCUUUUACACCACAAUGGCCGAUAGAACAGCAGACGUUGGCUUGGUGUUUCUUAGCCUCCUUGCUAAAGUGGAAGCUACCAAGGGAUCCAAGUCCCUGGGUGCUGUGGUGGUGAGGCAGGUCCUGCCACAUUGCCUAGGACUGAUCUACAUCUUUGCUGUAACACACCAUGCAGAGAAGCCGUGGACCAGCCCGAGGUCUCGGUCAAUAGCACAGGAACUGCUGACCUUGCUGGUUCAGGUUGCAGGCUGUGAGUCGGUGCCUGAAUUCCUCCAGGGAGGAAGCGAAGAUGAGGAAGGGAAGUUUGCUGCCGUGAUGAGACUCCUGAAGCCAGAGCUGACUAAAGAAACGUGGAAGCACAACCCUGCCACAAAGCAUGUGUUCUCCUGGACGUUGCGUCAAGUCACCCGGCCAUGGCUUAGCCGUCACCUGGAGAGCGUCCUCCCACCAUCGCUGCUCCUCUCGGAUGACUACCAGGAGGAGAAUAAAAUCCUGGGUGUGAGCUGCCUGCAUCAUAUCAUUCUCAAUGUGCCAGCUGCGGAUUUGAAUCAGUUUAACAGGGCACAGGUUGUCUACCAUGCACUGUACCAUCACCUCUACGUACGGGAGGCACAGCUCAUUCAGGUGGUGCUGCUGUGCUUGCUGGACCUGCUGCUGGUUCUGGAGAGAUCCCCGCAGCGGCUGUCCCAGGAACCCAGAGCAGCUACUCCCUGUCAUGAGGUCCUGCAGCUAGUUCUAACUCACAUGGAAGCAGAACAUCGGCUCCCACUCCGGAGAGUGUAUGCCAGGAACCUGCCUGCAUUUGUGAAGAGACUUGGCAUCCUGAUAGCACAGCACCUGAAGAGGCUGGACUGCGUAAUUGUGGGAUACCUGGAGGUUUGUGAUGGUCCAGAUGAAGCAGCCAGAUUGGGAAUAUUAGAGACACUGAAGUGCACCAUACAGCAUGGCUGGCCAAGAAUGGCAUGCAGGCUUGCUGUGCUCCUCAAGGCCCUGCUGAGGAUGAUUUGGGAUGUAUCUACUGAUGGAGACCUGACACACCCAGUGAAAACAUCUCUGCUCCAGGGGGCCACAGAGUGCCUGAUCCUGCUGGAUCACUGUUCUCGGGGGCAAGUGAAGAUCCUGCUUGAAGGAAUAUACCACAGCUGUGACAACUGUAGCCUUCGGGAAUGCAUCAGGCAAGUGCAAGAGAACACCUGAGACACAGCUACUAAUAGCCAGAACCUGCUUUUUUGUUUUUUAUUAUAUUAAAAUAUUUAAAUUUG